UUUUAUGUACUGAUUACACUUUCGAUAGCGUCUGCACAAGAUGUCGGCUGCGUCUGUGAUAUCUCCACUGACUCGUAGCUGUCAUUUUACUAAUUAUAUAUUGCAGGUUAGAGAACGAAUAAUUUAAACCUAUUAGUGAAUAGCAAAUGUUAAAUUUGUUAUUGUGGGAAGAGCUCUGUGGUGACAAUUGGAUAUAAUUUGGUAUAUAAAACGUGAUAUAAGCAUCGUGUGAAGCUAGAUUUUAUCAGGUUAUAUGUACGAAGUUUGUAGUAGCAUCGUACAGAGAUAAGAGAUAAACCAUGUCUUUCAACGAAAGCUGACUUUACGAUACAAAAAACUGAGCUCGAAAUAUUGUAACGUGAUGGAGUUAAAGGUGUGGGUGGAAGGAAUACAACGUAUCGUAUGCGGCGUUAGAGAAGACUCUACCUGUCAGGAUGUAGUAUUAGCAAUUGCUAAUGCUACAGCCCAAACUGGUAGAUUUAUUUUGGUGGAACGUUGGAGAAGCAAUGAACGUUUGCUAGCCCCUUAUGAGAAACCUCUUAAGAUUUUGAUGAAAUGGGGUGAAUAUUCCUCUGAAGUACAACUAAUCCUGAAAAAAUCAGAAAAUAAUAAAUCAAGUGCUCUACCACCUCGCUUGACAUAUGUACCACGUGCGAAUGGAUUACCAGUUUCAUUAUCUGAACAUGGAACAAGCUCUACUGGUACCCAAGAUGAUACCAAAAAUAUAUCAAUCUCACAAAGUUCAGAUUUUGAUGAUAUGCAAGGAGGAUUGGAAAGGAAUAGAGAUACCAGGAAAUCGCUUACAUUUAGUGGUUUUCACGGAGGCAUUACAGAAGGUAGUAGUGAGAUUCAAAUGGAAAAUGUGGCUGUGGUUCAACCCACCCUACAUUUGAAAAGUAAGGACUUGAAUAUUCGGAAAAAUAUACAAAAACCUGCUCAAUCACCUACACGAGGAAGUAGUACUGAAAUUGUCACACAUUCGUCUCAGAAAAAGGUGCGCGAAGUUCCGCCUUACAGAGAACCUCCAGGUCCAGCUUCACCACCAUUGCGAACUUUACCACCUUAUCGAGAUCCACCGCCGCCGAAUUUAAACAGUCCUGGAAGAUCACAAUUUGUGCCUAGUACCAAUAGUGGAAGUCCUCAUGUUCACAAAGAUGACCAACCAUCUUCUAGUUCCAUGAAGUUGAAAAGGAAUCUUAUUCAGGAAUUCCAAGACACAAAAGUACCAACACAAUCUGUUAAUCCACUGCCUGCCACAGCACAAAAUAUGUCAACUGUUGCUUACACUCAGCGAUACGUUGAACUUAUAAGACUAGUCAAUAAGCAACGAGACACUAUUAAUGCUCAGCAAGCUGAUAUAUCAAAGUUUGAUGCAGAAAUAUCAUACUGGGAAUCAAAAAAUAGGGAACAAAUACAUCAAAUGGAUUAUAUUUCUCAAGAAGUCAGUCGAAUUGAAUCUAGCGGCCGUAUUAUUGAAGAGCAGCUUAAAGAAUUAGCUCAUGUGGAAGAAGAGAGCGAAAUAGUUAGGCAGCAAGAAAAAACAUUAAAGUCUGAAAUAACAUUGCUCAGAUCAAAGUUAGCCAAUUGCGAAACGGAACUACUUCAAUGUAAAAAUAAGAUCAGGCUAGUUAUGGAGGAGCUUGCAAUGGAACAGCAUAAUAUAAGCCGAGAAACGGAUGAGCGGCAAAUUAUGGAACGGAAAAUGAUCAGUGAAGUGGAACACUUGCAAAAUGAAGUUGAGCAAGCUAAACGUGCAACUGAGUUAGCUUCACAGUGUGCGGAAUCAUUAAAAUUAGAAGUAGUUAAUUUGGAAUCAGCUAUUGUGGAAAAAAAAUUACAAGUUGAAAGAUUGGUAGCUGAUAUGAAGGAGGCAAACUUACAAAGUUUGGCCGUUGCAUGUUCAGAUGAACAAGUCAAAUCUUUAUUAGAGGGGGCUCAUAAGCCUGGAAGUACCCGUAAGAUGAUAGGAUCACCGAGACAAUUGGAAACUGCAGUACCCACAAGCAAGAAUCCACAUGGUGUGUGGGUGUAAACAGACAACACAAUAUAUCUGCUAAAAUGCUCUCUUAAGAAUGUAAGAAAUAUCAAAGAAUCUUACACAUAUGGAAAUAUAUCUAUGUUUAUAUAGUUUUAUAGCAAGUACUUAAACUGACUUCUUCAUGUUUUUACGCAUUUACUACAACAAAAUUAAUUUAUAUUAUUAUUAUACAUAUCACAUCGAUAACAUUUUUAAUUUAAUUAUACUAUAAUGUGUAUAUGGUCUCAUUUUUAGUUACAAAGUAUUUAAUUAAGAUUUUUGAUCAGCUUUAUGAAUUGUUAUAUGAUAUUUGAGACUUGAGAUGUAGAGAAAAUUAGUAAUUAUUAAUUGUUAUACACACACACACACACACAAACGAUUAUAUGUUUUUAAAAGUAUUUAAUAUAUUGUGCAAGGAAUUCAAUUGCAUGCUAAUUUAUUAAAAAAAAAUUAUCUUAAUUUUCAAAUAUCACAUGUAUUUGGCAAAUAAUGUUAUCUUUUCAUGUACAAGGUAGUAUUUUAGAUAUUUAGGCACUAAUUAUAGUUUAGUUUGUGUAAAGAGUAAUUGAUCUUAAAAACCAAGAAUAAUAAUAUCAAAAUUACAUUUACUAGUAUAUAUUACCAAUAGCUAUUUUUAUAUUAGCUAUGACUUCAAGACUCAAGAGAUAUUUUGCCAUAAUAGAUUUAAUUAUACAGUUAUAAUGUACUUAGGUUAGAUUAUAAUUAUAAAUAUUAACACAUGUUAGUAAUAAUGUUGAUCUAUGUUUAAUAAUAGAAUCAUUGCAUGAUAUUUUCAUUACAUUUCAAAUAUAUUACAAAUAUAUAAUUUUUUAUACAUAAAUCCCAAAUAUAUAUUAUAUAUAAUUGAUAUUUUAAUUAUUAGACAAAGGGCAUAAAUACUAUAAUUAUGCGAGAAUUGUUAAUUUUAUCC